GAGGGGUACUGCAGUCUCUUCAGAAGUUGCAAUGGAAUACGUGCGACUAGUCACUCAAUAUACCCGACGUUCGAUGCAAUGUCGCUAUAAGUGUCGUCGGCUUCGUCGAACUAUUCGUUAAACAACAAGCCAGCUUCAAUAUCCAAGGACGAACCCCCAGUUCUGACAUCAAUCUCAUCAGAUUCCAAUUUUGCCUCCCCUCCUAGCCCAAACCCGCCUCAAAAUGCCUGCCACCGUGAAGCGAUUCUCUGCCGUCGCCAAUCCCCACGAGAUUCAUCAAUACCUCAAGGCCGACGGCGUCGUGGUCAUCGAAGAUGCUGCUACACAGCAGACCAUCGACUCAGUGAUUGACGAGGUCGGCACAGUCCCAGGAGGCCAAACCUUCGCCCUUGCUGGCAAGAGCACGACUUUUGCCACGAGCCUUCUGAUGAACCCUCUGUAUAUCGACCUCACGAAGCGAAUCCUCACUGAUACAUGCAUUAUCUACUACGAAAACGAAAGAACGGUGUCGACCUCCGACCCUCAAGUCUCCCAAACCUCCAUCAUCACCGCGCAGCCCGGAUCCGCUGCCUGGGGUCUUCGUCGGCAUGAUGAAUGCCACCACAUCACGCACCCUGCCAAGCGCGAAGCAGACUUUGGUAUCGCAUACGCAGCGACCGACAUCACAACCAAGACCGGAGCCAUCAGGGUGGUGAUUGGCUCUAACAACUGGACGGAUCUGCGUGAUCCGACCAAGAAGGAAGAAUAUCUCGUCGAACUGCGUAAAGGCGAUGCUUUGCUCUGGUGGGUCUACCUCUAUCACUCAUCUAAACCACAACUAACUAAAUGCUCCACCCAGACGAGCAUCCUCCUCAGCGCCAUUGCCACAGCUGGCUUCCGUCGUCAGGAAGAGAACCAAUACCUUGCGAUCCCGUGGGAGGUUGUAGAGAAAUACCCAACCGAGGUCCAGCGGUUCCUUGGCUACUCUAUCAGCCGUCCUUAUGGCGGAUCUGUGGAACAUAUGGAGCCCCUGGACUUUCUGAAGGUAAAGGGUGAUUGGUCCAAAUAUAUUCCUGUUGAUCUCAUCUAG